AUGGCUAUAGCCAGUUCGCGAUGGAAGACUAGAAAUUUGGAGGAAGAUGGUGGUCCGGAAGCAUCGAAGCUGGAGCACGAUAUUGGCCGGGCAGCAACAAUAUCGCCAAUAUAUAUUGUUAUGGGCUGGGAAACGAUUCCUGAAAGACUAGCGUCGGACUACAACGAUGAAAACGGCGCAAGAGCAGUGGAGGAGGCAAGACCGGUCUGCGUGAUAAUGAAGAAAAUUAUGAUUUUCCGGAGGCCGAAAAGGUACAGACUUAUCGAAAAUGCAGGACAUGAAAAAGAGAUAAUAUUAGGACUCCUGGGAAGAACACAUUGA